AUGCCCGCCAAGCUCUACUUUGACCCGUCACUCUGGCUUCAGAGGCAAGCCUGGGUCCUCACCAAAUUGCGACAGGAAAAGGUCGAUUCGGUUGUCGAUCUGGGCUGCGCCAAUGGCACGCUGCUCUCAGCACUGAUGCAGCCUGCCUUCCAGGUUGACAGCUUCCCUGCGCAGCGCUUUCCCGGAAUCGACUCGGACGCCAACGAAGGAGGGGCGGCCAAGCUGCUGCCGCCUAGGCAUUGGACGCGCGCACACGCCGACAUCAACCUCAGCCGGCUGGCUGGCCUCGACGUCGAUGCAGAGGCGCUCCGCAACGCCCGCUCCGCGCUCUCUGUUCACGGCCAGGCGAUAGCCGAGACGAGACCGCGCUGGCGCUCGCUCGAGGUCAAGCUGUUCGAGGGUCCCUUCGAGUCAUAUAACGAGAGCCUUUCCGGAUAUGAGGCCUUUGUGGCCACAGAAGUCAUCGAACACCUCGACGAGCCUGCCCUGGAGCAGUUUGGGCCCGUCGUGCUGGGACGCUACCGCCCUCGCAUCCUGCUGGUCACCACGCCCAACUACUGCUUCAACGCGCACUUUGGCGGCGACCUCUCCACGCGACCAGGCUUUCCGGACCCCUCCGGCCGCACCAAUCGCGUCUUCCGCCACGACGACCACAAGUUUGAGUGGACGCCCGACGAGUUCCGACAGUGGUGCGAGGCGACGGCCGAGGCUCACGGCUACGAUGUCGAAGUCGGCGGAGUCGGACAGGGAAUCCACCGACGCAGCCCUGGCGAAUCGUCGUCCAACGGCGGGGCGAGGACGAGACGACCGCGGACGGGCGACGAUGAAGAUGCGACGCUGCGCUACGCCAGCCAGACGGCCAUCUUCCGCCGCCGCUCGGCCUCGCCUCGUUCUCAGAACGGCGAGGCGAGCGAAGGGCCAGCUCCUGACACCGAGUACUUCAGCAUCAACUCGAGCCUGGGCCAGGCCGGAUCGUCCGUGCCCGCGGUGUCCGUCCCGCCGAUGCGCGACCAGCACUGCGGCGAGACGAGCCGCGACGAAGACGACGACGAUGGCGGUGACGACGACGACGACGAACCUCGGGGUCGACGAGCGAGGAGCAGGAGGCCCGAGAACCUGCCGUUCCUGAGCAGUCCGUCGCCCGCCGCGGCGCUCGUGCCGCAGGUGGCCCUCGAGACGCUCUCUCGGGUACCCGUGCCGGCCACGCCCUUUGCUCAGGACACUUUUGCCAGCGCGGCACUGGCACACCGUUUGCUCUGGGACGAGUUCUACCCUUGCUGGCCUUCCUCGGGCUUCGGUGGAGCGGUGGAUGCAUUCGGCAGGCUGUCGCGCAGCCCGCCCAAAGGCCUCCUGCGCGACGCCAGGCAGCAGGCGACCGAGGUCCGCUCAACCGAUGAGAUCCUCGCAGCGGUGGUGGAGAAGCAGAGGCAGCUCUUCAUCGCAGCGCAGUGGAGCGACUACGACGAGGGGGGAGCCAAGCUGAGCGGCCAGGCCCCAAGGUGGGAGGCCAAGGCCAAGCUGCUCGACGUUUGGUACGACGACCAGGUGCGCGGAUCCUGCGCCGGUAGGAUCGGCGUGCUGCUGGAUGCGCUGCGGCUCUCGGCCGCCCAAGCCGACGCGCUGUCCCAGGGCACCGCCAAGCUGUCGUUGUCCGGCCUCGGCCAUGGCGAGAGGCCGGUGCAGGUGCGGCGGGAGGAGACCAUCGUCGGCGUAUCCAACAGCGGCGAGUGGGAGCUGCGCAUCGUCACCGACCACCGGGAGCUCGCUGAGCCGGAGGCCGCCAACGAGCAGCGAGGCACCAACGACAACGGCAACGGCCGCGCGGCGGCAGAGGACGCGGCGGCAGACUUUGACUCGGAGCUCUGGCUCGUGCACACGAGGCACGACACGGUCAAGCUGUGGCACGACAAGGUGCAAGAGGCCAAGCGCUGGAUCCCGCAGAGCUACGCCAAGCCGUGGAAGAGCAAGGCCUCGGUCCCGCCCGCCUCGUGGGAUUGA